AUGAUAACAGUCUCUCGUAUGGCACUCACUCCGUUUAUUGUCAAUUCCAUUUUGAAUCAAGAUCUGAGUAUAGCUUUAGGUCUCACUGCAAUAGCUGGUGUAACUGAUGUGCUAGAUGGAUUUAUAGCAAGAAAUGUACCACAUCAAAAGUCUAACAUUGGUAGCUUACUGGAUCCUUUAGCUGAUAAAGUCCUUGUGACAUCUUUGGUUUUAUCGUUGACUGUGAUGAAGCUGUUUCCAAUUAGUCUGACUUGUCUUUUUAUCCUGCGUGACGUUGGACUAAUAGCUGUUGUGUUUGCAGCAUUUCUCCGGUAUUCCCUUUCAGCUAGUCCUGUGACUUUCACUCGGGAGGUUGAGAUAAAAGCAUCCAAUAUCAGCAAGCUGAAUACACUUUGUCAGUUAUCAAGCGUUAUAUUUAGUAUGACGUAUCCAUUGUAUGGAUUCCCUAGUUAUGAAUAUUUACAGGCUGUUUGGUGA